AUGAGUAUAAGAAUUAAUGAUGAGAAGGUUAAAGGUCAGAAGGUUGAAAAGAAUAGAGAAGUUAGAAGUAUUGGCAGCAGUACUGAUGUUGGUGACUACAGCAAUAAGAAGAAACAUAGUUCAAGUAAUGGUGAAUCCAAAAGUGUGCUAAGUCUAAUUGAAUUGACCAGCACACUGGUGAAUCAAAUGAACCAAUCAGAGAACAAGAAUAAUUUUGCAUAA